CGUCUCUCGCUUCCAUUGGCUUUGGGCUGGAGAUUGAUUUGACGUACCAGAGCAGCAGAGGCUAAAGCGGAUAGCCAAACAAGAACCACAAUAUUUUUACUACACCUCAAAGCAAUCAUGCACAAAGUGUCGGAAACAGAUCGCCGCGGGGGCGUCGAUAUCGAGGAGUAAUAUUCUGUCAUUCAUCCAGUAUCGGUUGUCGAUGAACUUAUAGCGACUAUUAGGCGCUGUAAAUAGAAACAAUAAUAACCAAACGCCACGGAAGGAAGGUAAACACAGAAGAAAAGCGUCUGCUCUCCCCGUUUUCAUCCAUGAAUGUCUCAACAUUAGAGGUUUAAACACCAUGUCCUGCUCUGGCAACCUCAUUUGGGAUGUGCGAAAACGCGCCAUCGGAUGCACAGAUCCAUAUGCGGUCAGGACAAAUUAUUUAGGCAGAAGAGAGUUUGUGCAGCGACUGAAGCUCGAAGCCGUUCUCAAUGUGCACGAUGGAUGCGUUAACACCAUAUCCUGGAAUGACACAGGAGAAUACAUCUUAUCAGGUUCCGAUGACACCAACUUGGUUAUCACAAACCCUUACAACAGAAAGGUCAAGACGACUAUUCGUUCAGGACACCGGGCAAACAUCUUCAGCGCAAAGUUCAUGCCCCACACUAACGAUCAACAGAUUGUGUCCUGCUCAGGAGAUGGCAUCAUUUUCUACACACACACAGAGAAGAGCCAAGAAAUCAACAGGCAGUGCCAGUUCACCUGCCACUAUGGCACUGCUUAUGAGAUAAUGACAGUGCCAAAUGACCCAUAUACCUUCUUGUCCUGUGGAGAAGAUGGUACAGUGAGGUGGUUUGACUUACGAAUGAAGACGAGCUGCACAAAAGAGGACUGUAAAGAUGACAUUUUGAUUAAUUGCCGGAGAGCCGCUACCUCAAUAUCCAUUUGCCCCCUGGUCCCCUACUAUCUUGCUGUGGGCUGUUCAGAUAGCUCAGUGAGGAUUUAUGACAGAAGAAUGCUGGGAACAAGAGCUACGGGUAACUACAUGGGCAGAGGGACGACUGGCAUGUGUGUACGUUUCGUCCCAGCCCACCUGUCCACCAAAUCCUGCCGCGUCACCUCUCUGUGUUACAGUGAAGAUGGACAAGAAGUGCUGGUCAGUUACUCCUCUGACUACAUCUACCUGUUUGACCCCAAAGAUGACCAGGCCAGGGAGCUCAAGGGCCCUUCUGAAGAGCGGCGAGAGGAGCUGAGGCAGCCCCCGGUCAAGCGUUUGCGUCUGAGAGGCGACUGGUCGGACACAGGGCCGCGCGCUCGGCCUGAGAGCGAGAGGGAGCGUGAUGGAGAGCAGAGUCCAAAUGUAUCGCUCAUGCAGAGGAUGUCGGACAUGUUGUCACGCUGGUUCGAGGAGGCCAGUGAGGCCCAGAGCAGCAGAGCACGUCCUCAAACUCGACCCAGAGGUACGGCAGCUAGACCAGAAGGUGCGGUUGCGACCUCAGAUACACACACUCAGGCACAGGAGCCCGCUGGGGUCUCAGCUGAAGGAACGAUGGAGGUGGAGUCGCCCUCCUCUGAACCUCCGCCUACACCUGCUGCUCCUCCUGCACCUGCAGAGCCUCUCCCCAAGUCUAUCUCCUCCUCCUCCUCCUCAGGCUCCUCCUCCACUGUGACAGCCCCUGCCCCCUCGAGCUCAUCCUCCAUGGAGAGCGCCACCUCCUCUUCUCUCCUCUCCUCCCCAGACACAGAGCAGAAGAGUCAGGAUGAAGUCACGCCCACUCCCUCGGCCACGCCCACUCCUUCAGCCACACCCACCCCAUCUAGAGAGGCAGCUUUAUCUGAAUAUGGUCCUCGCAGGCUGCCGGUAAGUUUAGUGUGUAGACGUUUGCAGAGGCUGCUUCUCUUGUCCGAUCCCCCCGGACAGGUCAGACGCUCAGUCCCUUCUGUACCCACGACCUCCAGCCCAGAGAGCUCAGCCCAACAGGCUGCUGCUGCUGCUGACACAGGCCCCCCUGCAGAUUCUCCCUCAUCUGUGGUAAACAAACAGCUCGGAUCCAUGACUCUGGAUGAGGAGCAGGGAGGAGGUGCAGAAGCAGCAGGACAUGUAAUCAGUGAUCAGAGUACAGGUGUCAGUGAAGUGUCCCCAGACACUACAGAAACCGUGCCAUCCACAUCAGCGCCUUCACUUGUCACCAGCCCCGGCACUAGCAGUGGGAGCGGCAGCACUCCUCCAGGGACUGGGCGGACUGGCACAGCAGAACCAGUCCUUAGUCUGCACUAUAGCACUGAAGGCACCACCACUAGCACCAUCAAACUAGACUUCACGGAUGAGUGGAGUAGUCCAACUUCCAGCGGCAAAGGCAGCAGUGGAGGACAUAAGCCUGGAGAGGUGGGUGAGAGCCAGACCAGAGAGGAGCCCACAGGACGAACCUCAGAGCAAAGUUCAAUCUCGCCCUCAGAGAGUCAACCCACACCUGAUGGGGGCCAAACUGCAGACAGUGGCAAGGAAAAGGCCUCCGUCAGCUCUCAAAAUAGAACGCCACUGGCAGCACCAGCAGAGGGCCUGUCAACUGAAGACACGGCUCGUCCCAGCGCUCCUUCGGAGGAGCUCCAGGCUGCUGGAUCAGAGGAGCUGAGCGCGCAGUGCAGGAGGAGCGAGUCUGCCGGAACGGGCGGCCAGGGUUCGACUCAACCAUCCCGCAAUCAGGACUCUGAUGACAGUGAUGACGAUCCCAUCCUUAUCCCUUCUGCCAGGUACAGAGGAGGGCAGGGACAGAGAUUUAAUUACAGAGGAUCAGCUGUAGGUGAUAGGAUGAUAAGACGCUCUGCCGCAGCUCGGAUUCAGGAGCUGUUUCGUAGGAGAAAAGAACGGCGAGAGAUGGAAGAAAGUGAGACUCAGAAUAUCAGAAGACCCUCUGUCAAGGUGGUGUACAAGGGCCAUCGGAACUCCAGGACCAUGAUUAAGGAGUCGUGUUUCUGGGGGAAUAACUUUGUGAUGAGCGGCUCAGAUUGUGGCCAUAUCUUCAUCUGGGACAGGCACACGGGAGAGCACCUGAUGCUACUGGAGGCCGACAACCAUGUGGUCAACUGCCUGCAGCCUCACCCUUAUGACCCUAUUCUUGCAUCAUCUGGAAUUGACUAUGACAUCAAGCUGUGGUCGCCUUUAGAACAGUCACCGUCAUUUAACAGAGUUCUUGCUGAAGAGGUAAUUGCUCGUAAUGAGUUAAUGCUGGAAGAGACGAGGAAUACCAUCACUGUUCCUGCUUCCUUCAUGCUCCGAAUGCUGGCAUCAUUAAAUCACAUCAGAACAGACCGCGUGGAGGGUGAUCGUUCGGAAGGCUCCGGACAAGAAAACGAGGAUGAACAGUAGCCCUACUGCUACAAGUGAAUGGUUUUUUGCUACAGUGCACUUGAGCAUUUGAGAUUUGUACACGUUACAAAAUAGAGUAUUUCCUUAUUAGUUGAGUUUUUGGCAUUAUUAUUUUUUAAUGAGACUUUUCUUACUAAUUACUCUAUAUGAGAGUAAACUGCGUCUGGGGAGUUCAUGCAAACAAGAUGACAUGUAAGAAAUCGAAAGACGUGACUAGACGGCUGGUGCGUGAGAGUAUUUAAGUGCAAUAUUAAUUUGUUAAAUCAAACGGUUGAGCUUUUGAACGGUGUUAAGUGUGAAAUCUUAUUGUAGCCUCAAAUGAAGAACUCAGAUGUUUGUAUACCAUGAAUUAUGCAUGUCAAACAUGAGUUUGCCGAAAACAUGUCCUCUUAGUCUUUAUCAAUGUUGUGUAUAAAAAUGGCUCUUUUUGUCAUUACUAAAUCUUGCGUUGCACAGGGAUCCUCUGCCUAACCCCAAUUACAGGUACUACUUGCAAUAUUUCAUUAUCCAAAACAGCCACUACACAUUGUUACACUGCAGAAUGUUUAUAAAAGUUUAUUAAAAUGAGAACCGUUUUUGACUCAGUCUAUACAUAAAACCCACUGCUGUCUAGCCAAAUGGCUCUAGCAUUCGUUGGCAGGUCGUGUUUCUCUCUCCUAACAGCACAGAUGGCCUUUGUUGUGGCAGCUGUUGGCUUGAGCGUUUUGCUAAGUGACUAGUGAUCGCUGGGAAAAGCUAAGAUGAAAUAUCUCCUCGUCUAAUAGCGUGCCAUUCUAUUCAGCAGCACUGUUAAGGAAUGUAAGCCAUCUUUUUAAAUGUUUGUCCACAGAUUUUCCGAUUAAGUUCCGGUUCAUUUUUAAACCAUGUACCAGAGGAGAGUUUAACCAUUAAAUGUGUUGUGAUUCAAACAAAACAUGACUGAAAGCUUGUUGAGUACCCAUAAAGAAUUUAAUGACACAGUACAGAUUAAAA